CUGUGUGUUGGAUAUUGAGUUUGUUUAUUGGAAGCAUUUCCCUUCUGAUUUACAGGCUGAAUUUUGUUGAUGGGUCAUUACUGAAUAUGCGAAGAAGGAUUGCACCAUACUACACCAGAGAAUACAGAGAGGAUCGACAUCACAAAUAGAUCCUGACCAUCACCCAAGGAACAACUGCACAACUGUGGGAAGACAUCCAGCCCCUUCACAGCAUUGCUCAACACAGAGAAGGUUGGGCCUCGGAUGUGUCAGGCCAAGGGAGUUUUGACAUAUCAUCAGAUCUGAAACUGGUCAAUGGUGUAGAGCCUUCCAUCAGAACCAACCUUUCUGAACCUUUCAGCUGUGGGUGAUCAGUCAGGGUGAGACUGGGAAGAAGUGUGAGUGGCCUCCAAGUGUGGUGAGAAUUUCAAUCAUUCAUUGAACUUCAUGAACCACUAACUCAUUCCUGCAGGUGAGAGACUGUUCAAUUGUGAGGUGUGAGAGGAGAGUUCCAUAGACUCGUACGAUCUGCUGAUGCGCCAGGUAGAACUGUUGUCACCACUGUGUACACAAGGGGAGCAAAACGGAAGAGAAACGCUUCAAGUGUGAGGUUUGAGAUAAAGAUUUUUUGGCGCCUUUGAACAUCCUGAGACACCAGGAGAAUCACACUGGAGACAAACCGGUGAUGUUUGUGAGAUGGCUUUUACACAGUCGUCUGAUGUCCUGAGGCAGCAGAGUAAUAACACAGGACAGAUUCCUUUUACGUGCAAAGCGUAUAACAAACCAUCCUCAAGGUCAUCAUCCCUCCGCAUACAUCAACACAUUCAUACCAGGGAGAAACUGUUCACGUGUGAGGUGUGCAACAAAUCAUUCUUCGAGGCAUCGACCCUCCGCAAACAUCAACGCAUUCACACCGGAGAGAAGCCAUUCACGUGUGAGGUGUGCGACAAGUCAUUUUCGCAGUUAGCAAACCUCCGUGUUCACCAACACAUUCACACAGGGGAGAAACCAUUCACGUGCGAGGUGUGCAACAAAUCAUUCUCACAGUCAUCGACCCUCCGUGUACACCAGCACAUUCACACAGGGGAGAAACCAUUCCCAUGUGGAUUAUGCAACAAGUCAUUCCCGAGUUCAUCGCAAUUCCUCAUGCACCAGAACAUACACACUGGGGAGAGACCAUUCACGUGUGACGUGUGCACCAAAUCAUUCUUAAACUCAUCAACCCUCUGUCACCACCAACGCAUUCACACAGGGGAGAAACCAUUCACAUGCGAGGUGUGCACCAAGUCAUUCUCGCACUUAGCGCACCUCCGCGUGCACCAACGCAGUCACACAGGGGAGAAGCCAUUCACGUGUGAGGUGUGCAACAAAUCAUUCUUGCACUCAUCGUCCCUCCAUCAACACCAACGCAUUCACACAGGGGAGAAACCAUUCACAUGUGAGGUGUGCGACAAGUCAUUCUCUCAGUUAGGGAACCUCCGCGUCCACCAACGCAGUCACACAGGGGAGAAACCAUUCAGAUGCAGGGUGUGUGACAAGUCAUUCUCACAGUUAACGAACUUGCGUGUUCACCAACGCAGUCACACAGGGGAGAAACCAUUCACAUGCGAGGUGUGUGACAAGUCAUUCUCGCAGUUUGCAAGCCUCCGGGUACACCAAUGCAGUCAUACAGGGGAGAAACCAUUCACAUGUGAAGUAUGCAACAAAUCAUUCUUGAAUUCAUCUUCCAUCCAUUUGCACAAACGCAUUCACACAGGGGAGAAACCAUUUACAUGCAAGGUGUGCGACAAGUCAUUCUCGCAGUUAGCGAGCCUUCGCAUACACCAACGCAUUCACACAGGGGAGAAACCAUUCACAUGUGAUGUGUGCGACAAGUCAUUCUCGCAGUCAUCAAGCCUCCGCAUGCACCAACGCAGUCACACAGGGGAGAAGCCAUUCACAUGCAAGAUAUGCCACAAAUCAUUCUCACAGUCAUCAAACCUCCGCAUACAUCAACGCAGUCACACAGGGGAGAAACCAUUCACUUGUAAAGUAUGCAACAAAUCAUUCUCACAGUCAUCACACCUCCGCAAACACCAACGCAGCCACACAGGGGAGGAACCGUUCACAUGCAGGUUAUGCAACAAGCCAUUCUCAAAUUCAUUGCAAUUCCUCACACACCAACACAAACAUACUGGGGAGAAAACAUUCACCUGCGAGGUGUGCAGUAAAUCAUUCUUAAUCUCAACAAACCUCCACGCACAUCAACGCAUUCACACAGGGGAGAAACCAUUCACAUGCAAGGUGUGUGACAAAUCAUUCUCGCAGUUAGUGAGUCUCCGCAACCACCAGCGCAUUCACACUGGGGAGAAACCAUUCACAUGCAAGGUGUGUGACAAAUCUUUCACGCAGUUAUCGAACCUCCGCACUCACCACCGCAUUCAUACAGGGGAGAAACCAUUCAUAUGCAAGGUAUGCAAUAAAUCAUUCUCGCAUUUAACGUCCCUCCGUAACCACCAACGCAUUCACACAAGAGAAACCAUUCACAUGUGAGAUGUGCGACAAAUCAUUCUCGCAGUUAGUGAGCCUCUUAGUCCAUUGGAGGAUUGACACAGGAGAAAGCCUUCAGGUGUUAAGUGUGUGAUAAGGCUUUCACACAGUCAGCAGUCCUUCUGGUCCAUCAAUGCACUCACACAGGAGAGAAACCCUAUCAGUGUGAAUUAUUAAGCCUGCACACCAUCUGGAACAUCAGCAAACCUACAUGGGACACCAGAGGAUCCACACAGGGGAGAAAUUCUUCAGGUGCGAGGUGUGUGACCAAGUCUUCACACAAUCAGCAAACCUCAGCACACGCCAGCCUAUUCGCAUAAAGGUGUAACCCACCAAUUGUGUUAUGUGGUAUAGCUUUCUUGAUAACUUUGACCCUCCCUGGACACCAGCAGAGUGCACCAUUGAGGUGCAAUGUUUGUGCCCAAUCCUCCAAUCUCCUGAAGCAUCAGUGGAUCCACACUAGUGAGAACCCAUUCAGGUCUGAGUUUGAGACAAGUGCCAUGAAAAUAUAAUAAUUUCAUUAUGUUAUAGUAAUUUAUUGUAAAGGUAGGUUAAU